UUAUCGAUAAGUCCGCGGUCGCUCGGUCCCCACGAGUUUGGAAUUAGUUUAGACAAAUUCUAUUUGCAUGGCUGCCAAGAAGCCCAAGAUGACCCAACAGGAAGAUGAGGCGGCCGAAGUUACCACGUGCACUUACUGGGUGCCGCGCAAGAAACGCCACUGCAAGAUGUCAGCCAACAAGGGAAGCCUCUUCUGCGGCGCCCAUUGCCCUGCCACUGAGGAGAGCCAAGCUGUGGAUGCGGCUGCUGAACGGAUCCCCUGCCCACUAGACCCGAAGCACACUGUGUUCAAGAGGAAGCUGGCCAAGCAUCUGACAAUCUGCAAUGCCCGGGAAGUGGCCAGCACGCUGCCCUACAUCGUCAAGAACAUCAACGCCGGCGAGGAGCUGGAAAAUCCCAAGGAAGAGGAAACAAAUAGCAAGCUGAAACUCCACGAGCUGGAGGACACAGAGUUCUACAGCGUAAUAGACAAAGUGCGGGCAUUGUACGAGAAGCACGUGGGCAACAGAAUCGAGGAUCUGCACCUGCAGCACGCCAGCCUCGAGGAGCCGCUCAGCCACGAGGAGUACGGCCAGGAGUCGCGCAAGCAUCUGGUGCAGGCCUCCGCUCUGCUGGGCAUCCUCGAGCACGACCAGCAGCUGACGGACAACACCAGCUUCAUUGAGUUUGGCGCCGGCAAGGGCCAGUUGGCCUUCUUCCUGGCCACAGCGUUGGAAGCGCAGAGCCUCUCCCACUCGCAAGUGGUGCUGAUCGAUCGCAUGUCGCUGCGGCACAAGAAGGACAACAAGGUGACCAACAAGGAGUUGGUCCAGCGCAUACGUGCAGACAUCGCGGACCUCAGGAUGUCCGCACUGCCGGAGUUGCAGCAGACCAAACGGAAUGUCGCCCUGUCCAAGCAUCUCUGUGGAGCGGCAACGGAUCUCACGUUGCGCUGUGUUCUGGCGGAAGGAGCUGCUGCCACUGACUACAUCCUCAUUGCCGUGUGCUGCCAUCACCGCUGCUCGUGGCGCUCUUACGUGGGCCAGUCCUGGCUGCAGGCGGCCGGCAUUGGACCCCGGGAGUUUGCCAUCAUCACCAAAAUGGUCAGUUGGGCGGUCUGCGGCACGGGCGUCAGUCGGGAGCGUCGCAAGGCCAUGGCGGAGGCGCACGAGGAGCUGGGCGAGCCGCCCACCCAAAGACUGACUCGGGAGCAGCGCGAACAGAUCGGCCACCAGUGCAAAAGGAUCUUGGAUCACGGCCGUCUCGAGCAUCUGCGUGCCAAUGGCUUCGAGGCGUCGCUGAAGUUUUAUGUUCCGCGGGACAUAACGUUGGAAAAUGUCGUGCUGUUAGCCAAGCGCAACAAUCCCAAGUGCAAUAAUAAAGAUAGUUAAUUUUUAAAAUU